ACCAGCGCAUCGGGUCACAUGACAUACAGCUGGUUUAUGUGAUGCUAGGACUCCGGUGUGUGGGAGAAAGAAUCCAUUCCAGUCAGGCAUGGAUUGUAAACGCAGGAGGACAUAGCCAGUUAGUUCACAAAUACGUUUUUACUGUAAUAGAGAAUCCCUAUUUUAAACAUGGGUCAGUGUGGUAUUACCUCAUCAAAGACAGUGCUGGUCUUUCUGAACCUCAUUUUUUGGGCAGCAGCAGGGAUUUUGUGCUAUGUUGGAGCCUACGUGUUCAUCACCUAUGAUGACUACGACCACUUCUUUGAAGAUGUGUACACCCUUAUCCCUGCUGUGACCAUAAUUGCAGUAGGAGGCCUCCUUUUCAUCAUCGGUCUUAUUGGAUGCUGUGCCACAAUACGAGAAAGCCGCUGUGGCCUAAUAACGUUUGUCAUCAUUCUCCUGCUGGUGUUUGUGACGGAAGUGGCUGUGGUGGUUCUUGGUUAUAUUUACAGAUCGAAGGUUGAAGAUGAGGUCAAUCACUCCAUCCAGAAGGUGUACAAUGAGUACAAUGGCACCAAUGCAGAUGCCUCAAGCCGUGCCAUUGACUACGUGCAAAGACAGCUCCAUUGUUGUGGAAUUCACACUUACUCAGACUGGAUGAACACACGCUGGUUUAAUGAGUUUCAAAACAACAGUGUACCAGUGAGCUGCUGCAAACCUAAUGUCAGCAACUGUACAGGCUCUCUAGCCCGUCCUGGAGACCUCUAUCCAGAGGGAUGUGAAGCCCUUGUUGUGAAGAAACUAAAGGAGAUAAUGAUGUAUGUCAUCUGGGCUGCACUGACAUUUGCUGCAAUUCAGGUAUUUGGGAUGCUGAGUGCCUGUGUGGUGCUGUGCCGUAGGAGCCGUGACCCUGCCUACGAGCUUCUCAUGACCGGGGGAACCUACGCAUAAGGAACACACACACCUAGGUUCAUGGCUUUGUCAGUGGGGGAGGGUUCACUGGCUUGCCCAAGCUCAGGUCUCCACUGCUGUAAGUUGAAAAGCUCAUCACAUGGUGGCUCAUACUCCACAAUGGUGAUGGGUUAAGUGGUGAAAAAACUGUUUAUUUACAUGCUAUGUAAGUUGGUAUUUUGUUACUUUUUUUCAAAAAGCCACAAGCCAAAUUCUUAAAUGGUGAUUAAACAAGUUUUUUUUGUUUGUUAUUUGUUGCUCUGUGAUAUGUGACAAAUGAUAUUUGUUGCGCUUAAGUUUUACCUGUUUGAGGUACACAAGGAUGAGGCCCCUGUGAAUGAUAAACCUACUGUAUGGAAUAUGUGGACUGAAUACUUUACUCAUAUCAGUUUGCAAUAUGUGUAUGGUUUUGGAAUAUUUUAUAAAUAUUUGCAUUUAUCAAGUAGCUGAGUUGAACAUUUCCUGUGUGUGAGGUUGCCUUGUGCUACUGCUUUAUUUGGCCCAGACCUCACCCUUCACCAGCACCAUUCUGUUUCUUAUGAGAAGCAGUGGAACUAUAGACGGUAUACAAGUCAAUGGCACUGCAUCGGCCCACCAGGAAUGGGCAGUAACCAAAGUGCAGUCAAUUAACUGAUUUGCUUUGCAAGAAUGUGGGCAUUUGAUUAAUCCACAUGCACUGUUACUAAAAUGUUCUGUUGUUCUUUCUGUGUGGCAUUGAGCACACUCGUGGUAUGUAGGCCUAGUUAUAAAAUUAGAUUUUUAAGAAAUGUAGUCAUGUAGAGAAAAAGAAACCAGAUGGGGGACUUUAACAAGGAAAUAAACUGUAGACAGAAUA